CAUCAUCACUCGGUCCGCCGCACUCCCAGGCAAGCCCAAAUGCGAGCGUGCCGCCCCAGCAGUCAUCUCCACCAGGAGGCGACGAGGCUGUCACCAAGCUGGAGGCCGUGUCUACUGUCCUCAACGGCCGCCGAUAUGCUUUGAUCGUUGAGCAGCAACCAAUCCGUGCCAGAAUGUGCGGCUUCGGUGACAAAGACCGCAGACCGCUUACUCCACCACCGGCAAUCAGGCUUCUCGUGACAGACGUCCACACCGGCGAAGAAGUUGACGUAAACACCAUCGACUUCGCGCAGUACGUUGUGACGGUAGAUCUCUGGGACGACCUUGGUUCCAAGGAAGUAAAUGUCGUGCGCAGCACCACGGCCACGCCGGCGAUAUCUUCAACCAUCCACGAGUCUUUCAACAAUCUCGAGUCGAUGCCGUAUCGUGCUACGAACAUCGCACCCUACCCAUCAUCCCAUUCUGGCCAAGUGUCGCUGUAUGGCCAGCCUCAGCCUCCCGUCGCCCCAUACGGCGGUGGUCAGUACGGUCAAGUUCCGAGCUACCCACCAGCCCCCAACGGGUACGGUCAGACGGCAUACGGGUAUCCCAAUGACUUUGCGCCUCUGUACAGGCCACCACAGGUAUAUGAGGCAGGUUCUAUGAACGGGCCGCAGAGGAUUUCCAUGUCUGGGCCUUCCGGUGCCGGCGUCCAAGGCAUGUUCACCAGGAAUCUUAUCGGGAAUUGCGCUGGGAGUGCUUUUCGGCUGCAGGAUACCAAGGACAAGAUCGGUAUCUGGUUUGUCAUGCAGGAUCUCAGUGUAAGGACAGAAGGAAACUUUAGACUCCGAUUUUCCUUCGUCGACGUCAAGCCCACCGCGGACCAGAAGGGUGAUGCGCCUGUCAAGAUUGGCAAAUCCCCGAUCCUCGCAUCUGUGUUCAGCGACAAAUUCCAGGUCUACUCGGCCAAGAAGUUCCCUGGCGUCUGUGACAGCACCGAGCUCAGCAAAUGCUUUGCGACCCAGGGCAUCAAGAUUCCGAUCAGGAAGGAAGGUGGUAAGGGUGGCGGGGAUGACGACGAUGACGAUGACUAGAAAAUUUCGUCCAUCACGUUGCAGCGGCAUGGGGCGGGACACAAGCAACAACCCAAGACAGUGUCCGGGCGUCUUCACAGUCACCGACAGACCAAACCAUGCAGACAUGCCCGGAAUGACUUUUGUCAGCGAGGGAGCAGUUGCAGCUCUAGACUCCAACAAGAAGGCAAGAACUAUUGCAAAGAUUCAAAGUGCUUGUCGGCUCUGUGAUCUCCGCCUUCAACGUCCAGACUCGGCUUCUGCACGUUGUUCGACUUGAUUGGAUCUUCCUUGUCCGCCUUGGAGAAAGAUCCAUCACUCAUCUGCGUCUCGGUUUAAGAGGAUACAAGAAGGUCUGCUAGGACAUGCAUUGGCUACUACAUCGGCUCGGGGGGCUUGGUUUGGCUAUUAGAUAGAUAUGGUCUGUUCACAUGGUGUGGUUUUUCUCUUCUUUUUCGUUUGAUUUUUCUUGCCCUUCUGCUUUUCCUCCCUGUUUGGGUUCUGAUAUUCUGAAAUUCGAUUGUGCGUGUACUGUGAUGGGACAGCACCGAGUGGUUCUUUUGUUCUGAUAUUGCAAGAAGGGUUGGCACCAGUAAAGCUGGGUGUCGUCAGGUGUGGCUCGCCGGCGCCGACGAAAUAGCGAGCAGCAAAACAGGCGAAGGAGUAAGAGAAACUCCCCAUUCAUAUGUCUGGAGAGGUCGGUGUGCUCAGAAAAAAUAUCAGCGACGGUUGGGGAGACAUGGUCGGCCUGUCCUAUUACCCCACGGCAAGCAACCUAGCGUUCUGAGGUAAUCAAUGCAGUGAGCAUGAAAUU